UAAUCCUGCUGGGCAGGCCGUGUGCUGACCCCUGGUGCUCCCCGAGGACUGAGGCUCGGGACAAACACGCAGAACAGUUGUCAAAGAAGUUAGCCUCAGUUAGUCUCGGCCACUGCCCAGUUGCUUGUCCAAAUGCAAUUACCUUUAAUCCUUUUGUUUCUCCAGCUGUGGGGGAACGUGGAGGUUUCUUUAUCACAGAAUGCAUGUCCAAAUCUCCCAGUGGUUCCUCACGCCCAUGUGUCAGCAGUGACCAAAAAAGCUGUGUACCAACAAGGAAACAUUGCCCAUUUCGUUUGUGAAACUGGUUAUACAUCAUUCCCACCCACCAAAUAUGCAUGUACAGAGAACGGCUGGUCAUUAAUCAGUCGGGGAAGAUGCCACCUAAAGCCAUGUGUACUUCCCGAUGACACCCCUAAUGGCUAUUAUCAAAUAAUCAGCGGGGAAGAGUUUGUUUUUGGAACAACAGUCCAAUACUUUUGUAAUGAAGGGUAUCACAUGGUAAGUAAGGAUGACACCAGGACGUGUACGCUGGACAAAUGGACCAAUCAUGUGCCAAUAUGUGAACCUUUGAGCUGCGACCCCCCGCCUGCAGUUGGAGGGGUUAUAGUGAAAGGUUUGCCAGAUAAUGACGAUCCCAUUCUUCCUGACCGCCUCCUCAAAUUCAGCUGUGAAGGACCUGGGAAAUAUGUGAAUGGCAGUUCAGUGCUGAGAUGUGGCCAAGAUGGACAGUGGAAUCAUCCAUUCCCCACCUGUGAAAAUGAAACCAAACAGGAGGAGGGGUGUCGGCUAAAUUGUGAUUCAGCUUCAGGUUGUGGGACACUACCUCACAUUGCAGAUGCAGACACCAAGGGAACUCCUAAGUCCUGGUACUCAAAUGGAGAAAGUGUUGAAUAUAUGUGUCAGAAUUUUUACACUAUGGAUGGCAAACCUCAGCAAACCUGCAUUGAUGGUAAAUGGACUGGACAGAUGAGAUGCCUCAAACCCUGUACUGUGGAUAGAGAGCUCAUGAACAGAUAUAAUCUUGCCUUCAGAUAUGGUUAUCAGGAUAAACUGUAUUCAGCCCAUCUUGAUUGGAUAGAGUUCAUCUGCACCAAAGGAAGACGUACCGGCACAUUGCUCAUGCGUCAGCAAUGUAUUGAUGGUGUGAUGGACCUGCCCACUUGCCAAUGAAGGUGUUCAGUCAACUGGAUGUGAUAGACAUGAUCUGGCUGGACAAACGUGUAAACAAUUAACAAGAAU